GCUUUAAACCACUAGGCUAUCCGGCCGCCCCUAACGUAUGCAUGGAUUUAUCCUGCAAAUUUAUAACAAUUUCCAUUAAUUUCUACAGCAGUAGAGACAUGACACUAGAUCAGCUGAUGAUAUGGCGGAAGAAUUAAGAAUUCCGGAAGAAUACAGGAUAUCCACAUCUGAGUCACUUCACACGGUAGCAUUCAUAGCUGUCAUGUACACAAUGUUCUUAUCACCGCAUGCAUACAGAUGAUGUGUACUUUCUGUAUUGGCUGUAAGAUGGACCUUAAAUGUCUUUUACUUACCACAUUGACUCAACUCAUCUCAUGUCAAGACCGAAUAUUGAAAAUAACACCAACAAGAACAACUGUUGGAUCGCCGGUAGAGUUAGUGUGUGGGCAGCCUACUCAAGCCUGGAGGAGUGUUUGGAAUCGUGAUGGUCAACACGUCCUCACUGUGGAAAAGACACGUGAAAAUCCCUGCGUCGUGACAUGGUCUAUUGCUCGUCCGACGAAUACGACGGUCACUUGUCAGGAAAAUAGUGGACGUUUCUUGCUGAAAUUUCAACAAACUAUGAUUGAACUAAAUGGUACAAUAUGGGACUGCGAAAUUGAUGGUUCGGUCGUCAGCAAAAGUAUAACUAUUGACUUGACAGAGAAGACGAAUGCUCAACCAAAUGUAAACGUCCAUAUGAAAAACAACGCUCUUCGUUAUGGUGAUAAUAUGUCCAUAGUAUGUAAGGUUAGUGGUGAAGCUAACGUCACGGACAUUACCUGGAAUCAGCACUGGAAGGCCAAGUUCAUAAGGAAAGUCAAGGGUCCUUUUUCUGCACUGCACCAAUAUAACGUGACUGGGGUAACGUACGAAGAUGAGGGCAACUACACCUGCAACGUGACAGCCGUGGUUCCACGUGAAGGGAAGGUGUUCCUGUCUGGAUCUAUUGAGAUACUAAUACAUGGCCAACCAGUAUUCAAGUCACAAGGUCAAAGGCUUAAAACAGUCUCCCCAGGUCAAGAUGUCACGCUCACAUUCCAAUAUCUCGCCAGUUCCAUUGUUGAAAAUCACACAAUUUUCCACAACAACUUUCCUCAGAACAUCCCCAGCUGUAACAACAGUGUUGACCUUACUCUCCUGAUGCACAAUGUCACGUUGAUGAGAGAGGGGUUCAUGGUCAAUAUUACUCUCAACAAUGUAACCCACCUCGAGCGGGGGAACUAUUCCGUCAAGGCUUGCAAUGAUUUGGGUUGUACUACAUCGUACUCAAUACAACUGCAAGUUGUUUCAGAUCCAACCAUCUCAUCGACAUUCAACUUUCUAAUUCCCGUGAGUGUAAGCGUGGGAUGUGUCCUGUUGGCUGGAGCGAUGGCUGGCCUCAUCAUAACACUCAGAAAACGCAGUCGUCGGAGGUCGUGUGUGAACGGAACAGCAACACCUAAUGACAGGAAACCAAGAGGAAAGGCUUCAAGUUUAGUCAUGCAGGAAAACGAGCUGUACGAAAAGAGCGAAGAACUUCAAACAGGAACAGCAACACCUAAUGACAGGAAACCAAGAGGAAAGGCUUCAAGUUUAGUCAUGCAGGAAAACGAGCUGUACGAAAAGAGCGAAGAACUUCAAACAGUGCAAAAAAUGGACACAGAUGAUGUCUACACUGAGGUUAAAAAGACAUGAAGACGAAGCAAUGGUGAGCACCAAGGUUUCCGCAGUCCAUCAGAAAACUGGAUGUCUUUCCGGAACUGUCCAAUUGCCAACAGUAGUCCAUGUGUUUGUAAUAUGAAUUCAUUUUUCAUGACUGUUGUGUCGCUUGUACAUAAAGCACGUAGUAUGAUCGCCUUGUUAACUUUAAUGUCAUUCUGCUGGAAUUGUCAACGAUAUAACACAGUCUGUGCUGUUUGUUGACAUCACGUUUCCAUACAAAGGCGCAGAACGCCAAAAUGUCUGAAUUAGAUUGUACCAAAUUGAACGUUGUAUUUACACACAGAAUCAUCAAACCAAUAGCAACAAGUGCUUAUUAUGGGGUACCAGUUCUCGGUGGUACACAUGGGAACACGAUUGUCUCUCAAUCUGAACUAAAACAAGUUCCCUUACCAUAAAAAUGUGUCCAAUGCAAUAUUCCUGAUUCUGACUUAUGCUAUUUGUUCCCGUGUUUUUUUAGUUGACCAAUUGACUUGCCUUUGCAUGUGAUAGUGAUUCAUAAACAGAAGCUCAUGAUACAGUCGGAAUCGUACACUCGAGUCUGUUUCAGCAGAUAUUUCUUAUGAUUAUGCAAAAGAUUUGGAUGCUAUAAUUUAUAAUAAUAAACAGACGGUUACCAUAGGCACAACGCGCUGUCAAACAGGAUAUGUAUUCAUACCCUAACUGAAUGUUGUUUCCCCAUGCCAGAACCGAAUAAAGCUUAGAUACUGACAUUUAUUAAUGGCGAUAAUAUCAUUUCAUAUUUGGAUAGAAUGUACACAUCUACUCUCACUUUAUUUGAAACAACGUUUUGCUCUUUUGAUAUUGCCCGACGUACUACGGAUCUGAGUCAAAGACAGAUGGAAAAAACAGGGGUUGGACUUGCUUCCACAAUGUAAAACCUCUAUGUUUGCAACACUUAAUUACCGAUUAAACAAUUAAUUUUGGUGGGCAUAAGGCAUGCACUGCACCUGGUAUGUCACAUAACGAUCGGAUCCACUGGACGCUAAAAGCAUAAAUACACGCGUACACACACACACACACACACACACACAUACACGCACGCGCGCGUGCACACAUAUAUACCGGGCCAUGAGACUGAUAGAUCAAACACAAUACAUAUACAUUUAUACAAAAUAAUUGUGGCAAGAUGUUUUGUUCGUCAUAUAUACUGAGUCAAAGUCUACCCCUAAACAGUUCAUUUCUGGUUGAUGUAGCCGUCAAAAAUCGGUUACGGAGGUGACGUAAGACAAUCUGACGAUCCUCUGCAUGUGACGUCAUACGUG